AAGCUGCCGACAGUCUCCUCUUGAGGAAUUGGCAAAAGCUUGCUAUUUUUCUCCUCUUUUCUUGUUCAAGAACAAGAUUUAAAGCUUGGAAAUCUUUCCCCCUCUGUAGAAUUUCCAGAUCUGGUCUGCUCUUCCUCCCCUGUCCGCGAGCUGCAGCUUGUGGUGCGAAUUUCUGGCCUUUUUCUGUUCUCUGCGAAUCUCGUCUUUGCCAUGCUCGCCAGAUCUAGUUCUGCUUGCCAGAAAAUUUCAGUUCUUGAGUGUUCUAUCACCCGAGUAUUUGGCUUGAGUUCUCGGUAUUACGGAUUUGAGGAAGCGAAGUCAAGGAUGGGGAAAAACGAGGGGAGUGACGAGUUAGAAGGCUAGCCAUCUUGUAAAUUAAACAUAGAUUUUAGAUAUAAAUCAUGAUCUUGUAAGCUAGAUUUUAUUUGGAGAUUUUAUGAUAUUAGGGCAAAUUUUAAAAUUUUAUCUUUAGAUUUUGUGGUAUCAGAUUGUGGUAUGA